AUGAGUAAAUCCAGAAGAUAUAAUAAAAUAUUGAACAAAAUUGUCUACAUCAAUGAAGAUUAUUCUAAGGAUACCUCCGGAGAAGAUCAAUAUGAAUUAGACCAAAGCGAAGAUGAGAGUGAAAGUUCUAAAUAUAUUGAAAGUGGAGAGAUAGAAAGAUCUUCGGAUAGUGAAGAGGAAAACUUCUUGAAAGUGUGUCGUAACAAGCAAAGUAUGCGUAUUCUUUCUAGUUCUGACUCCGAGGAUGAGAGGACGAGCAUUCCAAGCACAUCUCAAAAUGUAAUGAGUGAAAUUGAAAUUGCAGUUGACGGAACACAGUGGAUAAAACUGAAAACAGGUCGAUCUAGGAGUAAGACGCCAGUUCGUAUGAUAUUUAAGGAUAUCGCAGGGCCUACUAGAUACGCCAAGAAAAAUAUUAUGUUGGGUUAUGUAACUAAUGCUUCCGAAUUAAUAAUUGACAGACACAUAAUGGAACACAUAAAAGAUUGA